CUUCAUCACAAUAACAUUCACUUCCCCUGGCCCUCUUGCCACAUCUCUUUUGCUACACACGCCCACAACGUUUGGCAUCAUUCACAGCUACAACAGCAGCUACUAUACACUGUACAUCACAGCCAGCAUAUGUAUAUCUUAUAUAUCUCCUUCGGACCCCCGCAUCUGCAUCCUGCGCCUCGCUUCUGUUAAUCCGGCCCUUCUCCCCCACGCCGACAAUCCUUGAGCCCUGAGGCCUCACGCGAGUCCGAGACUACCUCAGGCCUGCAUGCUGCAUACUCCAAUCAAAUUCCGAUUUGCAAUUACCGCCAGCCUGUCGCCUAUCGCUACACGCGCCGUGUCGUCUCCACCAAAUACCGCCAAACUGAACCAACUUCGCAGCCUCCGCGAGAAGGCUGCUCGCAACAGCCGUAACCGUCUGGCGAAGCUGAAGACUCCGUUGCCCUUCUCUAAUAACGCCUCGAUGGCCGACCAGUCUUCCCCUCAGAGUCCCCUUCCCUCCUCUCCAGAAAGUACCAUGUCAUCUACUGCCGCUAGCGUUGUCACCGCCCCGGAGAUACAAGACCAGGCUGAAGAUAGGGAUCCGGACGGGGCUAUCUCACAACCGAGCAGUAGACCUCCUUCGCCAGGACGUCUGCGCAUACCAGCCAGAAGGAGUGAUUCACGAAGUCCCUCGAGACCACGUACAAAUCCAAACGACCCAUAUCCACACUUCCUCCUACAGUCGAAAUCAGAAAUCAAGAAGCGUUUCGAGUCACUGGAAUGGACACAACGCCAGCUGCCACAUGACAACGCCCUAUCAGAGGAACCCUACGACGAGAACUUGAAGAAGAUUAUCAAUUCUAGGAACCGAUACGUCAAUGUUGACGCCUAUCCCUACAACCGCGUCCUACUGCAGGUCGACGAAGAUGCCUGCGACUAUAUCAACGCCUCCCCAAUCACCCUCGAACGCUUCGACGGCGAUGAACAACCGAGCCGCUGCAUCGCCACACAAGGUCCGAAAGACAUCACCGUGGGCCAUUUCUGGCACAUGAUUUUCACCGAGUCCACCUCUACAGCAAUCAUAGUUAUGCUCACAAAAGUUGCCGAGGGCGGACGCGAGAAGUGUGCCGACUAUCUGCCCUCACACGAACCUGCCUCCAUUUACUCCAACGAGCACCUUGAAGAGCCAGACUAUACCGUAAUACCAGGAACGUCAGAUCUUGACGCUACAACGGGCUGCUACCAUCGCGACCUGACUCUCCGCCACGAAGCAACCCAAGAAACGCGGCGCAUCAUGCACUACGCAUUCGAAUCAUGGCCAGACUUUUCUGUUCCCGACGCUAACGCCAAGAAACAACUCGCUGCUCUCGUCAAUGAAGUUCGCCGUGUCACCGCUGAGAAUCCUGACAGUCCACGCGUCGUACACUGCAGUGCGGGUGUCGGUCGAAGCGGGACUUUUAUUGCCCUGGACUUUCUCUUCAGACUGAUGCGCGAAGAGAGACUGAAAAAGAGCACAGUCGACGAGAAGCAGGAUCCUAUAUACAAUGCCGUGGAGCAGAUGAGGAAGCAACGCGUAAUGAUGGUGCAGAACGAGGUCCAGUACGCCUUGAUCUAUGAGGUUGUCAGAGAGGAAAUGCUGAGAAUGUGGGACUCUGGGGAGUUGGGUAGGGAGUCGUGAUUCCCUCUGCAUACGAAACGGUUGGACUUUUGGGGUAUAUAUCACUUGCAUUGCAUCGCAUGGAACGGGGAAUAUGGCGCGCGCGCGGGAUCACUGCAUUUGCUUGAAACUGGGACGGAUUGUGGCGAGGAAGCAUGCACACACGCAUAUGUAUUGAUGAACCUUCACGACAAACCCCGAUAGAGUAGAGUAGCAAUACCAAAUACGAGCGCCUGCAACAACGCGCC